CAAAGUUUGCACCAAGAUUUUGUCGUUUCUUUCGAAUCACAUCGAAGUAAUCCACUUUUCUUGAAGCAGACUUGAUUGAUAAUGAUCGUGCCCUCGUCCCUAACAGCUUUCAGAGAUUCCUAGCAGAAUACUUUCCGCAGGAUACUUUAAUCAAUCGACCUUGACCUUCGCGAUGAAUUCAAGUUUACGUGAUGAAGAUUACAUCAAAUUUCUACAAGAUCAAGUAAGGAGGCUUAAUGCUGUACUUGAGGAAUAUCAAAAGAAAUACCUGCCAGUAAAGGAACCAGAUGUGAAGGGCACAGAGCCACUUCCACCAUGGAUCACAAACUCCAGCAUCCUAUCUCCUCUUCUGGCAGAGUAUGACAACAAUAUAAGAGUUUCCCAGGAGCAGGUGUCAUUCUUGAAGGAGGAGUUAUCAUCCUUGAAACAGAAGACAGACCAUGUUGUGCAGGAAAACACCAGGUUACAUGAAGAGUUAAGAAGAAGCAUUGAGGCACAAAUGGACAUUGUGCGGCAAGGAGAAGGAAGUGGUGUUGAAAAGGAAGUGAUGGGGAACAUGCAACACCAACUUCAGCUAUUGUCACAGGAAAGAGACAGCUACGUUGAACUGUGGCAAAAUGCAUGCAGCGAACUGGAAAAGCUUCAGGAAAUUGAAAGGGAGAAAGAUGGAGACCUUAAAGCCAGAUCAAGGACCAUGGCAAGCUUGCAGAAUGACCUUCAUAAAGCCAGGCAGUUUGCCGAGGAACUCCAAUCAGUAAACAGAAAGCUAAGAAUGGAACAGGAAAAAUUUCUCACAACAGCUCAGACCCAAGAUCAAGAAAUCGAUCAAGUCCGCGGUGAUUUGAGGAGAUGCAAAGCUGAGUUAAAAAACUGCAAAUCCCAGAACGAAGAACUUCGAAAAACGCUGGAGAUAAUGGAAGGACAAAUAAGGGCUAGGGACAGGGAGAGAGGUGACGAAGUUAACAGGGAACAGUCUGUGGAUACACGAGUAGAACAACUACAGACUGCGCUCAUUGAACUUGAGUCAAGGCUUUCCGCAACACUCAAAGAAGUCGGACGCCUCCGAUCAGAGAAAGCGGAGUUGGAAGAAAGAUUGGAGGUUUUACAGAAAAGAAGUGCUGAACAGGAGCAGCGUGAAUUUGAAGCCAUCUCCCAUGUGAGGGACAGUGUUCAGAUGGUGGAAAAUGCGAUUCUGGAGAGAGAUCAGGCUCUUGUCCGCGAGCAACAGAAAACGCAAGAAGUGAGCAGACUACAGGAAGUCAUCAAUAAAAUACUGAGAGAAGCUGGGAAAAGAACAAGAGAGGAGGUGGAUUCUGUUCGGGACCAAUGCAACAAAAAUAUCCAGAAAUUAAUGGAGGAGAUGCACUUCCUGGAAAUGGAAGGAGCGGAGAAACAGGCUCAAUUAGAAAGAUCACUCAGGGAAAAAGCUGCGGUGGAAAAAGAACUUGAAAAGUUGUAUCAAGAGGGACCGUCCGAGAUUGCGCGGACAGGAAUGACCUUCGACGAGUUACAGAAACGGACCGGUUACGCCGAGAGAACCCGGGACGAGGCUUUAAGGAGAGUAGAUAGCCUCAAUUCGACGCUCAAGAAAAUAGAAACCAAACAUGAACAAGAGAAAUCUCAGGGUGUCUCGGAAAUUAGCGAACUAAGAAGAAGAAUAAAACAACUUGAGGAGGAAAAUGAGGAAAUGUCAGACAACAGACUUCAACUGAUAGAUGAAAUAGACAAGCAAAAACGCGAACUUCUGUCCGCCAGACAAGCAAAAGAAGCUGCUGAACACCAGUGCACUACAGAGGUAGCAUCGCUUAAACAACAGCACGAGCUACGUGAAAGAGAUUUUGAAUCGCGGCUGCGCAAUGUCGAGGAGAUGAACAGGCAGUCAGUAAACGAACUCAGAGAAAUGCUAAAUGGACAGCAGAAACUCGGAGCUCAGUGGAAAGAGGAAUCAAAAGCGGUAACACAGAAGUUCGAGCAAACAGUUAGCGAGUUAAGACAAGAAAUUAACAAGCAGAAGAGACGAAAUGAUGAACUUAACCGUCAGGUGAACGAAGAACGACAGAAAAGGGAGCAGCUGGAGUCCAAACUUUCUUCGUCAAAACUGUCUCAAGAGAAACUUCAGAGUAUGGUGGUCGAUGCUGAAACGAGGGCGGAUGCAGCCAGCUCUCAGGUAACGACGCUUCUAAAUCGCGAAAGACAACUCUUACAGGAAAGAAAACUGCUAAACCGUGAAUUCGAGAGACUUAAAUUAGAAAAGAGUCGGCCUGGGUCAAACAGAAUCCGGGAACCUCCUCAAAGACUCUCAGACCUGCUGAGCACUGCAAACGCGGGCGCACCUAUUCAUGAGCCUGCAGUUCGUUUGGACUUGAUGUCUCCGAGGGAAGAUGGCGGUUUCUCGCGAGAGCUUGACGGCAUCGGUUCCAGAACGGCUCUCAACGGGAUUUCAAGAGACAGAGUCAUUCUUUGAUGAAAGGAAAAAAGUUUAGUCUUGCUGUAAAUUACGAACCUCGCUACGCUAAGUCUGCACUGCAAUAACAACACGGUGUAGAUAGCUAUCAAUCAGUUGAACUUGUUUGCUUCCAAGAAAAAUGUGGAGGUUAUAAUAUAGGUAGAAAUAUACGAAUUGUGAACUCUA